AUGGUUUCCAUCACAACUGAAAAUGUUACACAACUGUACAACGUGAACACCCAGGAGCUCACAGUCAGUCCGGAAAUUUCCUACAAUAAUUCAGGAGUGGAUCAGAUAGAUUCAUACAAAUGUGUUAAUCCAAAUGUAUGGAAAUGGUUACAGGACUUUCAGCCUGGAUUCCUCUGGUUUCUAUUUGUUCUGGGAGCCAUAGAAAAUUCCUUUGUCCUCAGUGUCCUGUGUUUCCACAAGAGCAGAUGCACAGUACCUGAAAUUUACCUAGCAAACAUGGCACUUGCUGACCUGUUGUUGGUCUGCGUUUUACCUUUCUGGGCCAUUAAUAUUUCCAAUAAUUUUCAGUGGCCUUUUGGCCUGUUUCUCUGUAAAGCUGUCAACAUUAUGGGUUCCAUGAACCUUUAUUCUGGCAUUUAUUUCCUGACACUAGUGAGCAUUGACCGCUACCUAGCCUUGGUGAAAACCAUGUCUCUGGGACGAAUGCGACGGACCGUCUGUGCCAAAUGGAAUAGCUUUAUCAUCUGGGCAUGUGCACUGCUCAUGUGUUCACCUACGAUGGUGUUCCGAAAUUUAACAUAUUUUGAAACAUUUAACAUCACAGCCUGUGUUCUUACUUACCCAAACAGCUACUGGGAGCCUGCAAACAACUGCUUGCUGAAUAUCAUGGGCUUUCUGAUCCCACUCUGUGUAAUUACCUAUUGCACGAUGCAAAUCAUCAAAGCCUUACGAAGUAGUGAGCUACAAAAAAUGAAGGUAAUCCAGACAGAGAAGAGAGCCACCAUGCUGGUCCUUGCUGUGCUUUUGCUGUUCAUCUUUUGUUGGCUUCCAUUCCAGAUCACCACAUUCAUCGACACAAUCUGUUACCUCGUACCCACUCUCAAAUGCCUGAAAGACAUCAAUGGAUUAGUGACCCAGGUAGCUGUAUACUGUGCCUUUAGCAACAGCUGCCUGAACCCAGUCCUGUAUGUAAUUGUUGGGAAGCACUUCCAGAAGAAAGCCGUGGAAUUCUACAAGGACUUGUUCCCAAAGAGGUGCAGAAAAUCAGAGCCUGCACAGAUGGAAAACUCCCUGGACACUUUAAGAACUUCCAUUUCAAGUGACUACCCAAGGAAAACACCUGCUUUGCCAUUACCCCGGUAG